AUGAUUCUUGAUUUCAUUGGCUGCCGUGGACUUGUAUUCGCCGCAUGCCCCAUCGAUUAUUGGUGCUUCCUGGCUGUGCUGCUGCAGCCACUGCAUACGCGUAACAAGGAGCAAAUCCUGAAGCGGACAUUCAACCGCUCCAUUGCAGAUCAUCUGCUUCGAGAGGGACUUGUUGACUUCUCUUUUAGCUGCUUGCUAGUCGCAUUACAGCCAGCCAGGGUGGAGCAGUGCCUAGGCGACCUUUGGACGAGUACAUCUACAUCUUCGAUUGACGACUCUGGAACAUUAUUCGUGAGCUUGCGGACAGCGCGAAAUCUUAGAGACAGGAAAAGAGUCAUCCUUUGA